ACUUCGUAUCGACUACAAUCCCAGCAUGCGCGCUCGUUGUCGGGGACUUAUGGCGGAGAGCGAGCGAGAGAGCUAUGACUGAGGAUUUGGACGAAGAGGUCGUGUUCGAGAAUUCUCCUCUGUUCCAGUAUUUACAGGAUCUAGGACACACUGAUUUUGAGGCAUGUUCACCUAUUUCUCAGGAGCGGGAGGAGGAACUGAGUGCUGGUGCCCAGGACAUCCUGUCUCCGCCCAAAGCAGGUGGUCUUUGGAGGCUGGCUGAGAUCCUGCACUCUCUCAGCCCAUUUCAUCAACGCAGUGCCCCCCAGCAGCUGGAGCAGCAGCUGGAUGCUGCGUUCCGACAGUACUCCCUGCGCUGUGUGUUGUCUCAGGACGUGCUGCUGCAGGAGGAUGUGGAGCUCAUUGAGCUGUUAGACCCCAGUGCCCUCUCUCUUGGCUCCACAAGUACUGCCUGCCCCAGUGCCACCUCCGCCCUGCCUGCACCCCGCUACCUCUCCACACCAUCAAUAUGGGCUGUCUCUGUACUGGUGGGACUGUUUGCCAUCCUGCUCACGGUUUGGUGUUCUUGUCAUGAGGAGGGGCGGGGCCUGUUCUGGCUGUGUGUGUGUGCAGUGUGUGUCUUGUGUCUGCGUCAUGGCGUUCAUCUGUGGCACAAGGCGACAAUGCAGCAGCAGGUUCAGGCUCAAGCCGUCCAGCUGGAGAGUUUAGUGAUCAACAGUCGAGCUCUCACCAGCCUGGCACGCAAAUCGCUUCGGCUCAUUCAGGAGACAGAAGUCAUCUCGCGGGGAUUCACCCUGGUGAGUGCGGCCUGUCCCUUCAACAGGGCGGGGCAUCUGCGCAGCCAGCAGUUGAUUGGUUUGAGGAAAGCAGCCUACCAGAGUCUCCGCAGCGCGUUCCGUGCCUCCCGCAUCGCCACCUGCAUCAUGCUUAAAUCAUUUCCGCUCAACUCCGAGAUCGACAACGUCACCAACUACGUCUCGACUGUGCCGAUCAGAGAGCUGGGCCUGGGCCUGGGGGCUGAGCAUCUCUCUGAUGAGCAGGCGCAGGAGCUGACCAAUGACUACAGCUUACCUGCCCUGAAGUUGCUUUUUCAAUUAUGGGUGGGUCAGAGCUCAGAGUUUUUCCGCCGGCUGGCUCUGAUGCUGUCCUCCGGUAGGGCGGAACUAGAGUCCAAGCCCCGCGUUCUGGGGUACAACAGCGUGGCCACCGUCACUGCCUCGCUUCAUCCCGCCCUGGCCUGUUGCCUUGGCGAUCUCCAGCGCAGCUACGAGUUCCAUCGGUACUUUGAGAUGCAGCAGCAGCCGCAGAACUCGGGUCGAGCCAAUCGGGCAGGACAGAAGUGCAGAGAGCUCAACUCGCUGCACACGUCCAUCCGCAGCCUCCAGCUCCACCUCAAAGCCUUGCUCAGCGAGGUGAUCAUUCUGGAGGACGAGCUGGAGAAGCUGAUGGUCGACAAGGAGUCCGAGGAGGUGACGUGUGCUGGAUACCAGGAGCUCCGUGAGCGCCUGCACCUCCUGCAGCCUCACAUGCAGGCUAGCUCCUGCUGCUGGGAAGACAUGACUGCUCAGGUGGAGCGCAUGCUGCGCAGGGUCACACACUGCCCAGGAAGUGCAGAUAGUCCAGAGGAAGCAGCUGGUCCUGCCCCACCUCCUCCUGCCCCUGUCUCACAUAUAGAUGAUAAAGACCCCGUCCCAGAGGAACAGGAACUUGAGGCCUACGUUUCGGACUCAGACUCGGAUUCGGAGUGGCGUGCGGCUGCGGACAUGCUGUCGCCAUGGGAACGGGAGCGGCAAAGGCGCGAGAGGGAGGAGUCACGCAGAGUUCUACUCGAGCUUAAAUCCGUCCUGGGGAUCCGAACAUCAGAGGGCGAGAGAGACAAACGCAAGCUGCUGCUGUUCAGCGACAAAGCUGCGUUGGGUCAGAUUCCCCCUGACGCAUUAGAUCCUUCUCCAGAAUCCUCUGCGAGUCCAGAUUGCUCUGGAUCUGCAAGCAACCACAUCUCCCAGCAGCCUUCAGUAGAAGAAGGAGAGGAUCUAAAGGACGGAGGAGGAGGAGGAGGAGAAGAGACGACGAGAGACAGUAUAGAGGACACGGAAGAGGUCGUGACUGAGUUCUGUUGCGGCGAGUCCCAAAGUGUUCCAGAAAUACAAGACGAGAGAGCCGAGGAGGAAGGGACGCGGCUCUUCCAGUCGGACGGGCUGGUGGACGAGGAGGCGGACCCGGAUGGAUCCCACCCGCUCACUCCCAGGGUUCCCACCCUCUCGGUGAUCGACAGACUUACAGAACUGCAUGGCUCUGAAGUGCUCAGCAUCGGCUCGGCCCUGGCCGCCCAGGUGGCCGCUCGCUCCCACACCUUCACACAACUGCAGGAGUGCACCUACGGGGACUCGGAUGAGGAAGAGGAGGAAGAGGAGGAGGAAAGGGUAAAGGAGGUGACAUCGCAGCCGGAGAAAUGAAGGACAACCACCUGAACUCUUUUAGCUUAUACAGGUUAUUUAUUCCCAUCUGCUCUAGAUUUAUUUAUUGAGCUCGAGGUCAGGACGGCAGCACCGGCGCGCGAAUGAGUUUUAUAUGUCCGUCCUUUACGUGCCUCCGUGUGUGUUCCUGUUUACACUCUCCUGUCUGCCGACAUUCACUUAGUCCAUCCGUCCGUCUGUCCGUGUUUUCUCGCAUUAUCCCUCAGGUACAGGCAAAUACAGACACGCAAGUCUACAGUACAUCGAAAAAAAAUUGAGGCUUAAUACUGAAUGUGUACAGUAAAAUGUUGCCUUCUUACAGAA